GCGACGCUGGAGCGGAAGUGUCGGUUUGUUUACACACAUGCUCCCCGUUUGAACCUCUUAAACAUUUAACAUGCUCUCUAAAUGCAAAAUGCGUUUAACACUUACUGGUUAAAACGUUAGUUAUACUUUGUAUGUUAUUUUUGUACGUAUUCCUCUAAUAGAAGUUGUGACAGAAGCGAGCAGGAGCUGCUGCAGCUGGGCAGGAUUAGCUGCUGAACAUCAGGUUCUCUGGAUUUAACGGUGCUAUGGCCUGAUUUAGGGCUCGACCCUCCAGGACGCGGCGCUGCAGGAUGAGCAGAGCUCCAGCGGGUGGUUAUGGCUCUGACGGAGGUCUACUGAGGUCUACUGAGGUCUACUGAGGUCUACUGAGCUCUACUGAGGUCCCGCGGGUGGUCAUGGCUCUGACGGAGGUCUACUGAGGUCUACUGAGGUCUACUGAGGUCCAGCAUGGCUCUGACGGAGGUCUACUGAGGUCUACUGAGGUCCACUGAGGUCCCGCGGGUGGUCAUGGCUCUGACGGAGGUCUACUGGGACCAGCACAUCCCCCUGCCCAACCUGGCUCCCCUGCAGGCCCGGUCCGUGGUGGCCCUGCUGGCGCUGCUCUGUUUCAUCAACAGCUACGACGGGGAGUUCGUGUUCGACGAUUCGGAGGCCAUUAUCAACAACAAGGAUCUGAGACCAGCGACGCCGCUGAACAACAUCUGGAUGAACGACUUCUGGGGCAGUAACCUGAGAAGCAACUCCAGCCACAAAUCCUACCGGCCCUUCACCGUCCUCACAUUCAGGCUGAACUACCUCGUGGCCGGAGGCCUGCACCCCGUGGGCUUCCACGUGCUGAACAUCGUCCUCCACGCCGUCAUCUCCGCCCUGAUGAUGGACGUGUUUGCUGUUCUGAUCGGAGGUCUGGCCCACGACGAGGGGGGGAGGACGUUAAACCUCGCUCCCAAAACCUCCUUCCUCGCCGCCGUCCUCUUCGCUGCCCACCCCGUCCACACAGAGAGCGUUGCGGGCGUCGUGGGCCGAGCCGACCUGCUCUGCGCUCUCUUCUUCCAGCUCUCCUUCCUCACUUACUGCAGAGCUUUUAACAAAGGCGGUGACCAGGACGGCAGCUUCUCCGUGUCCUGGGUUCUGCUCAGCCUGGCCCUGACGGCUGCAGCGAUGCUCUGCAAGGAGCAGGGCAUCACCGUCCUGGGUGUGAACGCCGCCUUCGACGUCCUCCUGAUCCGUAACGUUGACGUGCUGCAGCUCGGCCGCAGGCUGCUCCUCAGGAAGACGCCGCUCGACCCCAGGGAGAUGCUGCGGGGCGGGUUCCUGACCCGCAUGGCCCUGCUGGCUCUGGGGGGGCUGGCCAUGCUCUCCGCCCGCUGGAGGAUCAUGGGAACCGGCCCGCCGGCCUUCACCCAGGUGGACAACCCCGCCUCCUUCCAGGAGAACAUCCUCAUCAGGAUGGUGAACUACCACUACUACUACUCCCUGAACGCCGGGCUGCUGCUGUGUCCCUGGUGGCUUUGCUUCGACUGGUCCAUGGGCUGCGUGCCGCUGAUCCGCUCCCCGGCCGACUGGAGGCUGGUGUUUGUGCUGCUGCUGUGGUCGGUGCUGCUGGGUCUGGUGGGGGGGGCCCUGUGGGCCCCGGACCCCCCCCGGAGGAGGGCCCUGGGCCUGGGCCUGGUGCUGCUGGUGGUGCCGUUCCUGCCCGCCUGCAACCUGUUCUUCAGGGUGGGCUUCGUGGUGGCCGAGCGGGUGCUGUACCUGCCGUCGGCCGGAUACUGCCUGCUGCUGGCGGCGGCGCUGGGGAGCUGCUGCCGCCGCUGGCCAGAGCGGAGGGGUUUCCUGCGCGCCGGCGUCCUGAUGCUGCUCUGCACCUUCGUGGCCCGCUGCGCCCUGCGGAGCCACCAGUGGAGGUCGGAGCAGAGCCUGUUCACCAGCGCGCUGGCCGUCUGCCCGCUCAACGCCAAGGUGCACUACAACGUGGGGAAGAACCUGGCCGACAGAGGGAACGCCAGCGCCUCGGUCCGAUACUACCGGGAGGCCGUCAGACUCCACCCCACCUACGUCCACGCCAUGAACAACCUGGGGAACAUCCUGAAGGAGAAGGACGAGCUGCUGGAGGCCGAGGAGCUGCUGGCCAAAGCCGUCUCCAUCCAGCCGGACUUUGCGGCGGCGUGGAUGAACCUGGGCAUCGUCCAGAACAGCCUGAGGAAGUUCGCGGCGGCGGAGCGGAGCUACUGGAACGCCAUCCGCUUCCGGAGGAAGUACCCGGACUGCUACUACAACCUGGGCCGGCUGUACGCCGACCAGAACCGGCACGUGGACGCGCUGAACGCCUGGAGAAACGCCACGGUGCUGAAGCCGGAACACAGUCUGGCCUGGAACAACAUGGUGAUCCUGCUGGACAACACGGGUAACCUGGCCCAGGCGGAGCUGAUCGGCCGCGAGGCUCUGAAGCUUCUGCCCAACGACCACACCAUCAUGUUCUCCCUGGCCAACGUGCUGGGGAAGCUGCAGAAGUACCAGGAGUCGGAGGGUUUCUUCCUCCAGGCCCUUCGGAUCAACCCUGAUGCUGCUGGUUGCCACGGCAACUUAGCCGUCCUGUACCACCGCUGGGGGAAGCUGGAGGCGGCUCAGCAUCACUACGAGCUGGCGCUGCGUCUGGACCCGCGGGCCCCCGGGACCCGCGACAACUACAACAUGCUGCGCCGCAAACUGGACCAGCGGGGCCGGGGGGGGCCCUGAGGGGCCCCCGGGCCCCCCCUGGACCCGCGGGCCCCCGGGACCCGGGACAACUACAACAUGCUGCGCCGCAAACUGGACCAGCGGGGCCGGGGCGGGCCCUGAGGAACUACCCCCCCCCCCCCACGAGACUGCUACCUGGACCACUGGAUCUGCUGGACCCCCCCACCAGAACCCCCCACCCCUACAGGACCCCUGUAGCUCCUAUAAUGUAAUAACACCUGAAAAUGUAAUAACAUUUUCACUUAACUCAAUCGAAAAUGUAAUAAAAUCCACUUCACCAAUAAUGUAAUAAAAUAUCCUGACUGAUAUUGUAAUAACAUUUGAACCGAUAAUGUAAUACCUUAUUACGUUAUUGGGAAUUUAUUACAUUUUCAGGUGGGUCUUUUUUUUCUCUUCCAAAACUGAUAAUGUAAUACUUUACAGAUAAUGUAAUAUAUAUGUUCAUUUUCAGUCCAGAGUUCUACAUUUUGUGUUUUUUAAGUAUCUAAGAAUGUUUUAUACACUGGAUUUGAAACACCAGAAUGACUAUUGGGUUAAAUUGCAGACUUUGAGUUCCAUGUAAUAAAUUCCCAAAUAACGUAAUAAUGUAUUACAUUAUCGGUAAAAAUGUUGUUACAAUAUCAGUCAGGAUAUUUUAUUACAUUAUUGGUGAAGUUAUUACAUUAUUGGGUUUUAUUACAUUUUCAGGAAAUAUUACAUUAUAGGUGCUACACUCCUGCCUGGACUGCUGGAUCUGCUGGAACCACCCCCACCUGGAUCUGCUGGACCCCCCCCACCAGAACCCCCCACCCCCACCGGGACCCCUAAAACACACUGUCCAUCGUUCCAUUUUGUAUUAUUUGACUUGUUCUGAGAAAUGUGGAAAUAAAGACCGUGAUCUGUGC